CUACUCGACCUUGGAAGUGCCAUCGUUAUUAAGCCUUUACAUCAACUCCAGUUCCAUUCCAUGGAUCAAAUCACAACCGUACCGGAGCAAAGAGGCGCCGGCGGCAAGCUUCGUAAACCACUGCCGAGAAAGCCACCGUCCACUCCAUACGCCCGUCCCUCAUCCAACCGCCGAUGGAUUUCCAAGCUCGUCAAUCCUGCCUAUCGCAUCAUCGCUGAUGGAGCCACUCGUUUUCUUCCUUCCUUCUUCUCCACUCCCGAUUCCGUUGAAAAUCAAGAUAAACAGGGAACUGGUGAACAGCACAAAAAAGAUUUUCUGCUCAAAACCAAUUUACAUCUCCCCCCGUCUGAAUUGUCUAAAAUGGCAAGCACUGGUGGUGAAAGCAGUAAGCCAAACAGCAGUUUUGACUUUGUUCUGCCUAGGCGUGUUGAAAAAGGAGAGCAACAUGAGAAAAAUAGGCUUUCAGAUAUAGAGCAACUGGUGAAAGGGACAAAAUUCACUAGAGAUGAAUUCAAUCAUAUAGUGGAGAUUUUGAAUUCAAGAGCAAUUGAUGUUUUGAAUGUUGAACAAGGAAACGGACAUACAAAUUUGACUUCUAGACAAGAUGAUGGGGGGGUUUUAGCAGCACGAAAGCUUCCCAAGGUUUUCAAUGAACGAAAGCAUGAAGAAUCAAAUGCAGCCAUACAGGGUAGCUCAACACCUUGCAUGUCAAAAGGGUGGGAUGAAAUUGGUGCUUCACCAGUUGAGAUUGCUAGAGCAUAUAUGGGUUCCCAAGCAUCUGAAGCAAGCCCCAAUUGUAAAAACAUGGUUCAAACUGUCGAAAGCACAAUUCUCCUUAAUGAUAAAGCUGGAACAAAACCAUAUGAUCCAUCACCAUCAAAAAAGUCAACAACAUGCUGGCCAGGUGUUGUCGUGCAGGAUGCUUACGCAACACCACAAAGCCAGGGAAGCAAAUACGGAUUUCUUAAUCAUCCACGGACUCCUUAUUCCAGAACUCUAUUAACCAAGUCUAAGUCCAAGUUGAUUCAAACCCAGGGCAAUUACAGCCACAUUUCAUCAACCCCUCUCCGUCAAUCACAGACUAGUCUGUAUCUGAAGGAAAAAUCUGAAGUUGGUGCAUCGGAAAGUGGAUAUGGGUCUGUUGGACCUAUUCGUCGAACUAGGCAUAAGUUUGGUGUACAAUCGACUUCAUGGAGACCAGAAUAUUCAUCUAUGAACUCUUCACAGAGAGGAAAUUCUGGUUUUAUUGAAUGUUCAACUCCUACUGUUGCAACAAGCAUGGAUUUGGGUGGGAUGAGCAGCACUCGUAAGCCAGUGGGCUUUGAGCGUAGUGUUCCAACAGUACACAUGCAUACUAGUUUGAUGGCUAAGAAGAUACUGGAGCAUAUUGAUAGAAACAUUCCCACUCCUAAGGAGAAAUCUGCUGAGCUGAAGCUAGCAACUAACUGGAAGAAUGCCGAGUCUUCGGAAAAUACAAGUACUUCAAACGUAGAUAAUGGCUUUGUUAAACUAAAAGAUGUUGGCCCUUUUAAAUAUGACGAGUUUGGUGGGAUGAUUUCUACUCUAAGAAAUGAAGAUGAAGGGAACUGCAAUGCUGAUAUUCAACCCAGGGAGAGUACUGAUAAAUCCAAAGACAUCACAAAAGAAGGGACUUUGGCAUCUGACCUGAAUGUUCACAGAAGCAUCCCCAGACUCACUAACGAUGCAAAGGCUACACAAAAUUUUGGUAGUUCUCAAAUGUUUUCAUUGAAGUCUACUGACAAGGAUGAUUUGAUGAGUCUCCCGAGUGUUAAUCAGUAUCCUUCUUUAGUAAAUCAAGAAAAGAAGACUGUCGCUAAUAAUGCCGCCAAUAAACCAGUUUUAGCUCCUAUUACCAUCAAGAAGCCUGAAUCAAAGUGGACCUUAGCAUCUGAUAACAGCUCAGGAUUUACCUUCCCUGUUACUGCAACCUCUUCUGUAUUCUCUGAACCGCCAACACCAUCCAUCAUGCCAUUAUUAUUCUCUACUGGUAAUCAGCAUCAAUCAGAAGAAACAACAUCUACUCAAUUGUCAUACAGUUUUGGUGUUAAAAAGUUGAAUCCAGCAGUAGUUUUUUCCUUCCCUUCCACAAGCAAUACAGUUGAUAAUGAUGCAGGAGUCAUUAAGUAUAACUUUGGUUCGACCGAUAACCCAAGGCUGUCGUUUUCAUUUGAAAAAACUGCUGUCGACUGUUGAGUCAAACGAACACGAGGUUCCAAAAAAUUGUCCGAGGUAAUUUUCUUUUGUUUUAAGAAAAUGGAGUUGUUUUGGAACAGAAAAUGUGGUGUUUAUGAUUCUUAUCCUACUUGUGUAUUUUCUUUGUACAACGCAUCUCGUUGGAAAAUAUUUUGGUUAUAUGAUAAGAUCUUUUCUUUUGAGAAGAUUUUUGUCAUAGGACAUGCAAUCUUGAUUCAUAUCAGGACCUUGGUAUUUUUUUCUACUACACAAGUACAUUUUUUCUUUCACUACAAAAA